AUGUGCAGACGCCGUGAGAAUCCUUCGACGACUAGAGCUUAUACUGCCCAGGGAUUACUUCACUCACGCCGAAGUUUUUUUGAUCCACAAGCUCAUAUGUCACGCGGAGUUCCCUACGAAACUGUCUUGAGCGGCUUUAGGGCAGCACGCAAGCGAGCUGCAGCGGAACUCGGCAUCUCCAGCGAGCUCAUCUGCUGUUUUCUGCGGCACCUUCCUGUUGCAGACUGCAAGGCAACGUUUGCUCUUGACGAAGUGCAAGAAAGCUUUCGAUCUGGAAGCGUCAUCGGCAUCGGUCUCGAUUCAAGCGAGAAGAGCUUUCGACCGGAGUGGUUCGAAGACCUUUACAAGGAAGCAAAGGAUCUAGGGCUCGGAAGGACCGCACACGCCGGUGAAGAAGGCCCGUCAGAAUACAUACAAAGCGCGCUCGAUGUCCUUGAAGUCGAACGCAUUGAUCACGGAAUUCGACUUGCCGAAAACCAGCAGCUGUUGGAGCGCGUUGCGAGGGAUGGCACACUGCUCAGCGUGUGUCCCAUGUCCAAUGUCCUGCUUCGUUGUGUCCGCCAGGUUGCAGACCUUCCGAUCAGGAAGUUCUUAGACUCCGGCGUCAAGUUCUCUAUCUAUAGCGAUGAUCCGGCAUAUUUUGGUAACUAUAUAAUGGACAACUACAUCGGUGUGCAGAAAGCGUUCCAGCUGAGCGUCGCAGAUUGGAAGACAAUUUGUGAGAAUAGUAUACGUGGUAGCUGGUGUAGCCACAUCAGGAAAACAGAUAUGCUGGCUAAGCUCAAGGAAGUCGUCGACACCUGGGAGAAUCACCGUCGAGCAUCUUGA